UCGGUGUGAUAGCAAAAUCGAUGCAGCGGUGUUUCGAUGUUUCCUCACAUCCCUAAUUAAAUUAAAACAGAUAUUAGAUUUUUGCAUUAAAAAAUGACUGCCGUGUUGCGUGUUGGCCUAGUGGGGCUAGUUGGCCGCGGCGCCACUGCAUCCCCUACACUGUUGCAGGCGCUGCCGGCUGCCUUCAUGCAGAAAUGCAACAUCUCGGGUAGGACAAUGCGUGGCGGUCCGCGUGUGCCAAAAGCUGCACCCUAUCCAUACAAGACGAAGAACUACACUGUUUUCAAUUCAUUCUUCGACAAGACCUCAAAACGCUUCGAUGAAAACUCGAAAGUCAUUUGCGUCGAGGGUCCCAUUGCUGCGGGCAAAUCAAAGUUUGGCAAAGAGCUAGCCGAGGAGCUGGACAUGCAAUAUUUUCCAGCCGUAGAUAUGGAUCUGAUUUAUAUCAACUCUUAUGGUUAUGACAUGCGCAAACUGGAUCCUGAGCUACCGCCCAGCUGCCGCAGUUUUGAUGUGCGCGAUUUCUGCAAGAAUCCCAACCACGAUCAUGCAGCACUUUUCCAGAUACAAAUGUAUAUGCUGCGCUACUCGCAAUACAUUGAUGCGCUGCAGCACAUACUGUCCACUGGCCAAGGUGUUGUGCUACAGCGCAGCCCCUACUCAGACUUUGUCUUCAUGGAGGCAAUGUUCCGUCAGGGCUAUAUCUCCAAGGGCGCACGCUCUGUCUACAAUGAGCUGCGCCAAAACACCAUUUUCGAGCUGCUGAAGCCGCAUUUGGUCAUCUACCUGGAUAUGCCCGUGAAUGCAGUACAGCAGAAGAUCAAGGAACGUAACUUGGAGCAUGAAACGAACUCAAAGGUGUUUAGCGAGGCCUAUUUACGCGACUUGGAUAUGCUGUACAAGCAGCAUUACCUGAAGGAUAUCGCCACGCACGCCGAGUUGCUGAUCUACGACUGGACCGCUGGCGGCGAAACCGAAGUCGUUGUGGAGGAUAUCGAACGUAUUGACUUUGCCCAGCACGAGGUUGAUGCACAUAAUAAGAAAAUGGCCGAUUGGCGUUUCAUGCUCGAGACCCAGUGGUGUGAGGCACGCAUCAAGUACUGCAAAGAAAAGUCCGACCUGAUGAACUACUUCAAUGUGCCGCGCUUCGACGUGCCCGAGCUGUUGCGCAAUGCCGAUGACAGCAAAGUCUGGCGCGAUGUCUGGUAUAAUGCGCCUGGCAUGAAGUACCGCCCUGGCUACAAUGCGGAUGUGGGUGACACCGGUUUGUUGACCAAGAAUAAAGUCGGCAUCAAUGAGGCCAUCUAGAGUGCUGUUAUUGCAAUCCAACUAGCGACUUGUGUUAAUUAUUGUAAUAAACCAUCUAAUGUAAUAAUUAA